AUGGCGUGCAUGCCCCAGACCCUGAUCGAUCCUGUUCGGGAAUCGAUCUCUCAGGUGGAUGCAGACACAUGGCUCAUCGGACCCCUUCUCCUGCAUCGCUCAAAGGGACCAUGUGACACCUCCACCUGGUACGAUCGAGACGAUACUGCCAGUUAUACCGUUACCACCGCACCUACCCCCAGGCCUGCGAGCGUACCGUUACCGGCAGAUGACCCGAACAUAAAAUUAGUAUACGAUGCCGGGGAUUGUUCUGCAGUCUGGUCUAUAGGACAUAGUGCAUUCUGCAAAGUCAAACUAAGCGUGCCGGGGACCACAGCCGAAGCUACGACAUUAGAUUUUGUGCGCAGACAGCAGCCCAGUUUCAAUAUCCCUACCAUCCUACACAAAACAGAAUAUGAGGACCGAUAUUAUUUGUUUCUUAGAAGAGUUCCUGGUCGAACCCUAUCAGACGCAUGGUCCACUCUCGAUGAGAAUUGGAAAAAUUAUUACAUGAGCGCUAUAGUGGAUGUGUGCAAGUUUCUUGAAUGUCGGGAAGGGGAUAACCUUUGUGGUGUGGAUGGAAACAAUGUGCUCGAGCGGUAUCUGGUUAAACGCGGAGCCGAGGAAGAUUUUUCUCCCCAUAACCUCCGCCAAGGAUGUGAGAUUAUGGGCAUGGAUUGCUCGAAAUUUGUAUUCUAUCACGCUGACCUUGGGCCUGGGAAUAUUAUUGUUGAAGAUAUCCCCGAGACUGGUGUUAUUGGUAUCAUUGAUUGGGAGAUUGCGGGCUUUUUCCCUCGAGGAUGGAUUCGGACCAAAUUUCGAAUGAGUAGUGGAAUGGAUCUGCCUGAUUCUGGAAAACCACUUGAAUGGAGGUCCGGUGUCCAAAAGUUACUUGGAAUACAUGGAUAUGAAGAGUAUGCAACUGAAUUUCAGGCGUGGUGGUUCUAG